AGUAAGCGUUGGUGCGUCGCUAUUUUGAUUCCCCCUCAUUAUUCAGCCAUCCAUUUUCCGUACCGCUUCUUCUUUUUUAAAUCCAAGAUGAAAGAAGCCAUCAUGGCCGCCCCUGUGAGCAUGGAGGCCCUUCUCCGAGCGGCCGUCUCGGAGGACGCCGAGCACCGGGACGACGGCCUGUGCGUGGUGGGCAUCUUCGGCAAAAGCAACAUGCAGCUCGGCGCCCUCAAGGAGUCUCUCGUCAACACCCUGGCGGACAAACACGUCUUCUCCGCGUUCGGCGGGGCCGACGAGGAGGGCGGCGGCGACGGCAUCCAGGCGCUGUACAACCCGGACAACCGCGUCUUGUACCUGCUGCUCUCCUCCGUGUGCGACGGCCGCCAGCUGCUGCGAGCCUGCCGGUCCCCGAGCGCCGGUAGCGGCCACGCCGACGCCCACGACUUCUGGAAGGGGCUGGAGCGGCAACACUGCCUCCGCUUGCUCUACUUGUUCUCGGUGUGUCACGUCCUGCUGCUCGUCCACCCCAACCACACGUUCGACGUCACCUACGACCGGCUCUUCCGUUCCUUGGACGCCCUGAGGCAGAAGGCGCUGCCCCUCAUCCGGGCGGCCGUCAAGGACUGCCCGGUGUCCAAGGAGUGGAAGGUGAACUGUCGGCCGUGCUCGCCUCGGCUCCUCUUCGUCUUCCAGAUGAGCGUAACUCUCAAGGUCCCCAACGGAACCGAAUUGGGCGUCCACCCAGACAAACCCAAGAAGCACUCGCCCCGGAGGCGCCUGCAGCACGCUCUGGAGGACCAAAUCUAUCGCAUCUUCCGCAAAAGUCGCGUGCUGACCAACCAGAGCAGCAACUGCCUGUUCACCGUGCCCGCCAACCAGGCCUUCGUCUACGUGGUGCCCGCCUCCGACGAGGACCCCGUGGGCGCCCUGCUGGGCCAGCUGCGCUCCAACUGCGUCCUGUGCGAGCACGACUCCGGCGCGCUGGUGUCCGGGCCGCGCCGCUAUCAGCAGACGCGGCGCUUGGCCCGGCAGGCCGCGGCGGAGCAGUUUCCCCCGACUUCGGCGGGGGCUGCGACGGCCGACUGCAGCUUGAAGGAGUUCCUGUGGCAGCACGUGGAGCUGGUGUUGACCAAAAAAGGCUUCGACGACAGCGUGGGGCGGAAUCCUCAGCCUUGCCACUUUGAGCUGCCGUCCUACUCCAAGUGGGCACAGGUGGCGCUGAAGCUCUACCAGGCACUGGUGGGCGCCGCCGAGGAGGACGUCGCGGAGCUGGCGGCCAAGGUCCAGGUCCAACUCAAGGUGCUGGACGGCUUCCUGGACGCCGACGCCAAGUUCUCGGAGAACCGGUGCCAGAAGGCGCUGCCGCUGGCCCACAGCGCGUACCAGGCCAACCUGCCGCACAACUACACUACGGCCGUGCACAAGAACCAGCUGGCGCAGGCGUUGCGCGUGUACAGCCAGCACGCGCGCGGCGUGGCCUUCCAGCGCUACGCCUUGCAGCUCCACGAGGACUGCUACAAGUUCUGGAGCAACGGGCACCAGCUGUGCGAGGAGCGCAGCCUCUCCGACCAGCACUGCGUUCACAAGUUUCACCUACUGCCGCAGCCAGGAGAGAAAACAGACGUGGAUCACAACCCGCCCAUUCUGAACCACAACAGCAGGGGGCGCUCCACCAGCUCCUGCAACUGCGGAAGGAAGCAGGCCCCCCGCGAGGACCCUUUUGACGUACAGGCAGCAAACUACGACUUUUACCAGGUCCUGGAGGAGAAAUGCUGUGCAAAGCUGGACCGGAUCAACUUCCCGAUCUUCCAGCCAAGUACUCCCGACCCUGCCCCGGCCAGCAACCAGGCACAGCGCCCCGCGUGCGAGGGCGAGGCCGAGGCCGAGGCCGACAGGCUGAAGGAGGCCAGCGCGGCGCACAGCCACACGCCCGGCGACACCACCCUGAGCCUGGCCCUCAGUCUGGGCCAGUCCACCGACAGCUCGGGUCCUUACGGGGACGGCGACUCGGCCGCCGACGGCCGCGUGCAACAAAAGCGACCCAGCCUGGCCGAUCGCCAACCCUCCACCGUGGAGUACCUCCCGGGAAUGAUGCACUCGGGCUGCCCCAAGGGCCUCCUGCCCAAAUUUUCCAGCUGGUCCCUGGUCAAACUGGGCCCGGCCAAGUCAUACAACUGCCACACGGGUCUGGAACAGCCGGGCUUCCUCCCCGGCGCCUCCUUCUUGCUCCCGUGGGACUUAGUGAUCCGCACCCGUUCGGAGGACGACCCGGCGGAGACUCUGGACGGGGGCGCGUCCUCAUGGCCGGCCCCCAACAAGAUGCCGGCGGGGAAGCGAGGCGGCGCCGGCUGCCUGGGGAGGAGCCGGCGGCGGGACGACACGGCGCGGGCCUACGUGGGCUUCGAGUACGAGGACGGCCGAGGGCGGCGCUUCAUCAGCUCGGGGCCCGACAAGAUCGUCAAGGUGCUGGGGCCGGGCGGCGCCAAGGAGCCCGCCGCCAGGGUGCUCAAUGGCGACAUGCCGCUCCACAUCCCGUCGCCCUCGCAGGGACGAGGAGUCAAGCCACACUUCGCUCAGCUCAUGCGACUUUUUAUCGUGGUGCCCGAAGCCCCGCUUGAAGUGACCCUCACCCCUCAGGUGCAGCCCGGUCCGCCACCGUGCCCCGUUUUUCACCCAGAGCAGACGGACUUGGCGUUGCCGCCCGACGGCCUCUGGGUGCUGCGCUUCCCGUACGCCUACGCCACAGAGCUGGGACCCUGCUACCCCCCCAAGGAGAACCAGCCCCUGGCCAACUACAAGGUGCUGCGAGGAAUCGUCAGAGCCACCACGGCCAACACCCAACCUCAGUGACACCCUCACACCUGCGGACUCGCCAACAAACUCCAUGUGCAAUCUCACAAAUGGCCAGCCGAGGGCGACAAUUCACUUUUUCAAUAAGGCUGAAUGUAUUUUGCCAUGUUUGGUGUCCAUUAUUUCGUUUAUUUUCAGUUGCUUUGUAUACUGUAUAUUAUUCAAAACCUGGGCAAAUAUUUACUUGUUGAAUCUAAAUCUUUUUAACUGGAAAUGACACAGGAAAGUAUCAAAAGACUAAGUACUUAUUUUUUGGGCAGGUAUUUGAUGAAAUUGGUUUCCAUUUUCAUAACGGUUCUUAAAGAUGACAUGCAAAAUGUAUUGACCUUCAAAGUAAAAUGCAAGUGAAGUGUACUUCGGAAGUGAUUCUUUUGCAUAACACAGUAUCUUUCUACGUAAAGGACAUUGAAUACAAAUGUAUUAAAAGACUAAAAUAGUUCAAUUAACAUGCAAGUAUUAAUAUCUAGGCAGGGCGAUGGAUUGGUGGUUUGCAUGUCUGCCUCACAGCCAAAGACAUGCAAGUGAUCUUAAUUGAAGACUAAGUCAUGCAUAGUUGUGAAUGGUCGCCUGUCAGUGGCUGGCGACCUGUCCAGGAUCUAACUUCUUGAGUAAUAUCUCUGAACAUUGUGCUUUCUUAGUUCAUUCAGAUAAAACGUGUAAGUUUGCCAAAUAAAAAUUCACUUCAUUCAAACGUGUUACAGGGUAUAUGUC